UGAAUCAGGUAUAGACAUGUCCUAAAUACCUUCCUGGUCGGCUGACAUUGAAGAAAUGGUAAAAGAGAACUAAACUUUUGUCGUAACAAAAUCAACAGGUCAUGGCAUCCAGUAAACCUAUUCCAUGUGGACCUUGUAUAGAAGGAAAAGUAAACACUAAAGCUGACAUCUGGUGUUACAACUGUGAUGAAGGAUUAUGUUCAACAUGUUCUGGUCAUCACAAAAGAUCUAAAUUGUCACGUGAUCAUAAAACCAUUGAUAUUAAAAGUUAUAACCCAUCUGUCCAAACUAUUAGAACAGAAUGUGACAAACAUGGUCAACAGCUCACCUUGUAUUGCCCGAGUCAUUUAAUGCCUUGCUGUGAUGAAUGUAUUUCCAACAGUCAUUCAAAGUGUAUGGGAAUAAAAAGUUUAGCUAGCGUUGUGGAGAAAACCAAGAUUGAAAAAUCUAAAGAAUCUGUAGAGAAAGAAAUUAACUCCAUCUUACAACUCUUAGGUAAAAUUGUUAAUAACAAAUCACAAAACAUUAAAAGAGGAGAACAAGAAUAUAAAAGCAUUAAAGAAUUCAUUGUGAAAAUACGCAGUGAAAUAGAUAAACAUUUAACCCACCUAGAAAUGAAGAUCUACCAAGAAGCAGAUACCAUCUUGAAUCAGGAAAGAUCAAAAGCAACAGACUUAAUCACUGAAAUUGAAGGAAAACAGAAAAACUUAAAGAAAAUGCAAGACCAACUUCAUACAGUCAUACCACAUGCCUCAAAACUCCAAUCAUUUCUAGGGGUACAUCAGAUAGAACAACAAGUACAUCAAUGUCAACGAUACAUAGAUAAUCUUGAAAAAGAUCACAGGGCUAAAGAAUUUACCAUCAAAAUGGAGGAAAAUAAUGAAGUAGAAAAGAUAAUAAAAAAUUUGGGAUCCUUAGGAGAAUUAACUGUUACUAAAACAGAUAUGGAUUUGAAGAAAGAAACAAAUGUGAGAAGGGAAGCACAAGUAGAAUCACAAGAACAAUCCAGCAUAAACAACAUGACCAUGAACAUUGAGAAAACAAUAAAGAUCAACACGGAUAAGCUGGUGAGUGACAUGAUUUGUCUGAUGGAUGCAAGACUUAUAAUAGUGGAAUCGAAUGACAAAGUUAACCUACUUACUCCUGAUGGCAAACUACUGAAAGAGUUACCUAUACCUGGUGAAGCAUUCAGUGUGACACAGAUCAAUCAGAACACUAUUGCUUUAACUUAUCCUGAUGAGAAAGCCAUUAAGAUCUUCAAUAUGGAGAAUGAAACAGUAACCAAAGUUAUCACAUUAGAUAAAGAAUGCGGUGGAUUAUCAUCAUCAGAUAAUUCUCUUGUUGUAGGUUUGAGUGAUGAUGAAGUUCGUAUUAUAGACUUAGAAGGAAAUACACUGAAGUCAAUACAAGUUGAGUGUGCAUCAGACCUGGAUUACCUUGUUUACUGUAAUGACAGAGUAAUCUAUAGUGACUACAGUGGUAAAGCAGUACACUGUGUUGAUCAAUCAGGUAAACAGAUCUGGCAAUAUACACAGGAUUUAUCAGGACCAAUGGGACUUUGUACAGAUACCUAUGGUAACAUUAUUGUAGCAGACCAGUCCACUCAGAGAAUAAUAGUUAUAUCAAAAGAUGGAAAGGAAAGUAAAGUACUGCUUAGUGAUGGACCGAAUUAUCCUAGAUGUAUUUGUUUGAAACAAAAAGAGUCUUCCGGUUUUAUAUGUGAUGGCAGGGGCAAAAACUUGACACAAUUCAAUUUAUCUUCUGGAUAAAAUAUAAAGCAACACCGAGGAAACAAAUGUUAUAACCUGACAUUGAUACAUGUACUAAAAAUAACAACUUUUUAUUCAUAUUUAUUUCAAAAAAAUAUUCUUCAGGUUUAAAAUGUGAUGAGGAAUAUAUUCAAUUUAUCAUCUGAAUAUUGAAGUCAAAAGAUUUGACAUGACUUUGAUACAUGUACUUAAACUAACAACUUUUUAUUUAUAUUUAUUUUUAAAAAAAAUAGUCUUUAGAUUCAUUUGUGAUGGAGAAGGCAAAUACUUGACAAAAUUCAAUUUAUCUCCUGAAUAAAA